UUCAGUACUCUUAAAUUAACCAUGAGUUCUGAGAUUCAACAAGAGAAGAUGGAGGGGAACUCACACAUUAUGUUGCAGGGGAAACUAGGGUUCUUUGGCUUACUCAAAGAGUCUCUAAGCAUCCCUUUCAAGAAUCCCAAUUUCAUCAUCUUCACCUGCCUCGCCUCUGUCCCUUUGUUCUGCUCUCUCAGUAUAUAUGAAACUAUCUUUCAGCAAACCUUAAUUGAAAUAGGAAGAGCAGUACAAAAAACCAUGAGUCCUUCACUAAAUGCUUACGACAUCUUCAAUAAUGAUUAUGAAGAACUAAUUACUUUGGAAAGAUGGAUCGGAAAGAUUUCUCAGAAAUUGCUCCUACUGGGUCUCAUAUAUAUAGGGAUCCUACAUUUGGUGGACCUCCUCAACACAAUUGCUAUAGUGGACAUGACAUCAGUGAUCUACAAAGAAGAGAAGGCUAUGAGUCUUAGGUGCAUGUUUAGCAGAUUCUUCAAUGAUACAAGGCUAAAGGGUCCUCUAAUCACAUCUAUCUAUGUUCUUCUAUUUUCUUGUCUUAUUUCAUUUGGAUUGUUUUCUUUGGCUUCUUAUAUAUAUAUAUACAUGGAAUCAUCCGUUUUCUUCAUGGUGCUAUUUUUGGUGAUUUUUUUAGCUUUAUUAACAAAGUAUAUAGAGUGGAGCGCUAUCUGGGACAUGGGUGUUGUGAUUUCGAUUUUAGAAGAGAAACAAGGUGAUGUGGCAAUCAUUGUCUCAUCAUAUCUAAGCAGAGGAUGGGAGAGGAAAGGGGAAGGAACUAACGCUAUGGGCACAACAGUGCAUAUUGGCUUAGUUUGCUUGCUAAACGUUCUAAAAUGGGUGAUCUUUGUUGUCUACUUUUAUGAUUGUAAGAAACAGAGUUCACAGAAACAGAGUUCACAGAAACAGAUUGCUACAGAGGAGAACAUAUGUUAGAAAAUAGAUGUAAUUGUGUAUGCAAAGAAACAGCUUCAAAUCAAUAUCCAGUAUAAAAUGCUUUCCUAUCAA